UCGGGGGCGCAUAUGCCAAACAUAGCAAGUCCGUUGGAUUACUGCGUCCUUCUGGGAGACCACCGGAUGACCGGGUGAAAUAAAAAGGGGAGGAUGUAUGGAAUAAAUCAGCGCUGUAUUUACAUAUCGUUUCAUUUUUUCGUGCUGUGGUGUCACGCUCAGGGGGAGAAUCACCCGUCUCCUAAUUUUAAGCAGUAUGUGAGGACGCAGGGCUCGGUGACGGACCAGCUCAGCCGGCGGCAGGUCCGGGUCUACCAGCUCUACAGCCGCACGAGCGGCAAGCACGUGCAGAUCCCGGGCCGGAGAGUGUCCGCCACGGCGGAGGACGGAAACAGAUACGCUCGACUCUUCGUAGAGACGGACACCUUCGGCAGCCGAGUGCGGAUACAAGGUGCAGAGAGUGGCCGCUACCUGUGCAUGAACCGGAAGGGGAAACUUGUUGGAAAGCCCAACGGACGGAGCAGGGACUGCAUCUUCACAGAGAUCGUUCUGGAGAACAACUACACGGCCUUCCAAAACGCCAAAUAUGAGGGCUGGUAUGUGGCCUUCACCAGGAAGGGCAGGCCCAUCCAGGCCUCCAGGACGAGGCAAAACCAAAGAGAGGUCCAUUUCAUUAAGAGGCUGCACAAAGGCCCGCCUCCUUUCCCCAACAUGGACCAAACCAAACACUUUGAAUUCAUUCGUUUUCCACCCGCCCGUCGAGCAAAACGGAACAGGAAAUCACCGACUUCUGGCUAACGUGUACCGACCGGUACUGACACUGUUGUGAAUUAGAAAGAAAUAGAUGCAAUUUUAUUUUUGUAUAUUUUUUAUAGCUAAAAGAAAGUUAAAAAAAGUAAUAAUGCUGUACAAUGAUCAUAUGUAAAU